AUGUCAAGACGAACCAGCGCUGCCUCGGCGGCCACCAAUGGCCCGACUUCGAGAGAGUUGUCGCCCCAGAACCAACCAGCAAUUGACAAGCAAAAGACGCUUCUCUCUGCAGACGUGGGCCACUUCUCGCUGGUGCGAGCCAUGCACCUCGCAGAUCUCAUUACUCUUAUGAAUGGCGCUUGCGGUGUCAUGUCGAUAUUCUCGUCCCUACAGUCCUGCCUGGAACCCGCCAACAGAGACCACCACCUGUGGUGGGCGCUGACAUUCUUGCCGUUUGGCUUGUUCUUCGAUUUUCUUGAUGGCAGGGUGGCUCGAUGGAGGAAGAAGAGCAGCCUGAUGGGACAAGAGCUGGAUUCCCUUGCCGACUUGAUCUCUUUCGGUGUCGCUCCCGCCAUGGUUGCCUUUUCCAUUGGCCUUCGAACUGCUGCCGAUAAACUCGGCCUCGCCUUUUUUGUUCUGUGUGGAUUGACCAGACUGGCCCGCUUCAACGUCACUGUCGCCGUUUUGCCCAAGGAUGCUACUGGCAAGAGCACAUUCUUCGAGGGCACUCCCAUUCCGACAUCGCUGGGUUUGGAUGCCCUUAUGGCUUACUGGCUGCAGCACGGCUGGAUCUUGGACAGCAUCCCCUUUGGCACCAUCUUCACUGGUACAUCGCUCGAGUUCCACCCCGUCGUGCUCUUGUUCGUCAUUCACGGCUGCACCAUGACUAGCAAGACGAUACGCAUACCAAAGCCCUAA